AUGGCCGAACAAGUGUCCCCUCUGGCUAUUGUCGGCCUCGGUGGACGGUUUCCAGGCAAGGCCACCGAUCCGCUGAAGCUCUGGGAGAUGUGCUCCGACGGCGAGGAUGCCUGGACAGAGACGCCAUCAACAAGAUUCAAUCCAGAGGCUUAUUACCAUCCAGACCAAGCCCGAAAUGGAGCUACCAAUGUCAAGGGGGGCUUCUUCUUGCGCGAAGAUGUGGCCCGGUUCGACGCUCCCUUUUUCAACAUGACCAAGGCAGAAGCAGCAUCUCUUGACCCGCAGCAGCGUCUUCUACUCGAGGGCACAUAUGAAGCUCUAGAAAACGCCGGGAUACCACUGGACCAUGUGUCGGGGUCGGACAUGGGCGUCUUCGUCGGCUCCUUCUGCUUUGACUGGGCCAAGAUCACAUUACGGGACCCAGACGCCCUGCCGCUGUACCACGCCACAGGGUCGGGGCAGGCGAUGCUGGCAAAUCGGGUGUCGUACUAUUUCAACAUGCAUGGGCCGUCAGUGACGAUGGAUACGGCGUGCUCUUCAAGCUUAGUAGCGCUGCACCAGGCGUGCCAGGCUUUGCGGGCAGGGGAGUGCAGCGCAGCGGUGGUGGCGGGCGUCAACUGCCUGCUGUGCCAAGACUCACUGGGCUCGAUGAGCACAAUGGGCUUCCUGUCACCAGACGGGCGGUCUUACACGUACGAUAGCCGCGCAAACGGAUACGGUCGUGGCGAGGGCGUGGCCGUGAUUGUUCUGAAACGGCUGGACCGAGCGCUUCAAGAGGGCGACGCCGUGAGAGCUAUUGUGCGAAAUACCGGUGUCAACCAGGACGGCCGCACGCCGGGCAUUACCUUUCCAAGUGGCACUGCCCAGGCCGCGCUGAUCCGCCGCGUAUAUGCACAGGCCCGUCUCAACAUGGCGGACACGUCGUAUCUCGAGGCCCACGGAACUGGCACGCAGGCCGGCGAUCCCAUAGAGGCCGGCGCACUGCAUGAGACAUUUGGCCUCGCACGUGCAAGCGCUGGGAAGGGGCCUCUUGUUGUCGGUUGUGUCAAGACGAAUAUUGGCCAUCUGGAGGGUGCUGCUGGUGCAGCCGGCCUAGUCAAGACUGUGAUGAUGCUAGAGCGCGAGGCCAUUCUACCCAACGCCGGUUUCCGGUCUCCCAACACGAAGAUCCCGCUGGCCGAGUGGAAUUUAGAGGUUCCAACAACCCUGCGUCCAUGGCGGGAUGUCCUGGCGACAUCCUCGCAGCUGCCCCGAGGCCGCUUGCCCGUGCUGCGGGCAUCAGUCAACGGCUUUGGGUACGGCGGGACGAACGCGCACGUGAUCCUGGAGAACGCAGCAGACUACAUCCACACGUGCAGCAUGGCGGCAAGCAUGUCGGGCUUCCGGCACGGCCACAGCCUGUCGCUAGAUAGCUCAUUCAGCACGGCAACUAGCGCGUCUGUGGCGCGGUCGCACAGCGCGGCUUCGUCGACAUCAUCGCCACCGACAAGUCCCAUUGCUGAGUCAGCAAUGACUAAGGAGCCUUUGCCAGUGGAGGCAGGAGCGACGGUCGAGCAAUCAGCAGCUGCAAAACUCAUCCAAACUGCCAAAACAACAUCAGAAGUAGAGGCGGAAACGAAGGCCGAAAAUGGAGGUGCACUUCCUCUGUUACCAGAGCACCUGGCGAGGCUCAAUCGCUCGACACCCAAGGAAUCUUUCUCCAAGGCAGCGAAGCUGAGAGUGCCCCAUCUGUUUGUGCUGACGGCAGCCGACGAAGCAAGUGGCAAGACACAGGCGGCCCAGCUGGCAACGUACAUGGAGGAGGCCGACAAGCCGGAGGAGCUGCAGCUGCUGGAAGACCUGGCAUUUACUCUGGCGACACGGAGAUCUGGACUGGCAUGGAAGGCAGCAGUGGCCGCAGCAUCGGGCGCAGAGCUGCGAGAGGCGCUGUCAGGACUGCGGUUCCAGCAGACGGUGCCAUCAUCGAGCAAGAAGAUGAGAGCUGGCUGGGUCUUCACCGGCCAGGGCGCACAGUGGUGGGCCAUGGGACGCGAGCUGGCACGGACAAGCACAGCAUUCAGGGUAUCCCUGGACCGCAGCGCAGCGGUACUGACAUCGUCGGCCUUGCAAGCUGACUGGUCGCUGGACGAGGAGCUGCUGCAGCGCGACGCGGAAACGUCACGGGUCAACGAGCCGGCAGUCAGCCAGACGCUGUGUACGAUCGUGCAGGUGGCCCUGGUGGACAUGCUGCGGGCCUGGGGCCUGCGGCCGUCGGCCGUGGUGGGCCACUCGAGCGGCGAGAUUGGUGCGGCGUACGCAGCCGGACUGUUGAGCCACGAAGCGGCUGUGGCAGCGGCCUAUUUCCGGGUGCCGCUCGACUCCGAGGCUGCACAGGCCUGUCGCGGCGGUAUGGUAGCGCUAGCUUGCUCCGAGGCCGAGACGCUGGCCCUUCUGGACGGUCUGCAGCGCGGCGGUCGUGCCGUCAUCGCCUGCUACAACAGUCCGCAAAGCUUCACGGUAUCGGGUGACGAUUCGGCCGUGGACGAGCUCGUGGACGUGUGCAGAGAGCGUGGGAUUCGCCACCGCAAGCUGGUUGUGGCGUUUGCAUACCACUCGCACCGCAUGGCCGUCGCGGCCGAGGACUACCGCAGGCUUCUGCAGGCCAACCGCACGGUCAUGCAGACCAUUGACGAGCGGCAGAUAGCCGCAGACGAUGGCACAGAGGCGCCGGCAGUCAUGUUCUCAUCAGUCACUGGUGCCAAGCUGGCACCCGGCGCGCUGACGGCCGACUACUGGGUCGACAACCUGGUCAACCCGGUGCGCUUCACCGAGGCACUGAUGGCGUUGUGCAAGGACGGCGGCGGCAAGGGGCCGGCCGUAGAUGCUCUUGUCGAGGUUGGCCCGCACUCGGCGCUAGCUGGACCGAUCCGGCAGAUCCUGCAGGUAGACCCGUCGCUGGGCAGCAAAGUCGGCGUGCUGGGCGUGCUGCGCCGUAAUCAGGACGCCACCGAGACGGCACAGGCACUAGCAGCGGCACUGUUCUCACGGGGCCUGGCCAUCGACAUCGCGGCCGUCAACAAGGACGCACGAACGAGCCCGGCCUUUGGUCCGCCAGGAAUGAUGGCACGGCUGCAGACCAUACCGCGACUGCUGACUAAUCUGCCCAAGUAUCCGUGGAACCACGCGACGGCGUACUGGGGUGAGCCGCGCGAGAGCUGGCGGUACCGGACGCGGACACACGGGCGCCACGACCUGCUAGGGGCACCAGUGCGGUUCGGCAACCCGCUGGAGCCGCGAUGGCGGCAGUGGAUCCGCACGGCCGAGACGCCAUGGAUACGCGACCACCGGGUGCAGGGCCUGGUGGUAUACCCGGCAGCAGGCUACCUCAGCAUGGCCAUAGAGGCGGCGCGCCAGACGGCGUCGACGACGGCGGAGGAUGGGGUGACGAUUGCGGGCUACGAAUUGCGGGACGUGUCGCUGGGUCAGGCGCUGAUCGUGCCGGACGACACGGGCGAGGUGGAGGCGCAGAUCAGCCUGCGGCCUCUGGCCGAGAACGCGCAGGACAACUCGACCGUGUGGCAUGAGUUUUUCGUGUACUCGUGCAGCGACAGCACGCACAGCAGCACGAAUCCGAUGGGCACGCCGGUGGUGGACCGCUGGUCGGAGCACUGCCGUGGACAGAUUGCAGUGCGGUGGAAGACCAGCGAGGCUGCCGACAGCGAUUUGGUGACCGACAUGGAUGCGCUACGGCGCGAACGGGCGCGGUUGGAUGCGGCUGUGCGCGCUGAGACGGAAGCGCUUUGCACACGGGAUGUCGACCUCGUUGGGCUGUAUGCGUACUGCACGGCCAUCGGGCUGGAAUAUGGGCCGACGUUUGCGAACCUGACAAAUGCGCGCUCUGGACGGUCGGCGACGGACGACUCACGACGCAUUUCUGGCACGGUGACAGUGCCAGACAUUGCGGCCGUGAUGCCGGCGCACUACCACAGCCCGAUCGUGGUGCACCCGGGCACGCUGGACGCGUGUCUGCACGGGAUCAUGGCGUUCCGCGAGCUGCUACAAGCGGCCGUGAUGCCAGUGUACUUUGGCUACAUGUAUGUGGCGGCCGAGCUGGGCCAGAUGGAUGCCGGCGAUGCGCUGGGCGUGUAUCUCAACGUGAAACGCAGCGGGUUCCGCAACCUCAACAUCGAGCUGACCGGCUGGAACGGGGCCGAGCAGAAGACGACGGCGGCAGCCGCUGGUCCGCUUAUCCGCAUGGAAGGCCUGCGCAUGACGUCGUUGGGUGGCAGCAUGGGUGGCAACGGCAGCAGCGGACUGCCGUCAAAAACCUAUUUCCAGACAGCAUGGCGGCCAGACCCGGCAUUUCUGACACCAGGUCAGUUCGACGCGCUGUGCGCGCACCUGAUGCCGGCCGAGGCCGAGACCGAGCUGCUGCGUCGGCUGGACCAGUCGUCCUUUUACAUGGCGGACGGAGCGCUGGCGCAGAUCCCAGCCGACCGGGUGGCCUUGCUCUCGGUCAAGGGCCGCAAGCUGUACGGCUCGCUGCAGCGCCAGCGUGACGCGGUACUGCGGGUGCAGGCCGAGGAGGUGGCCCGGAAGGGGGCUGAAGCAGUGGCGCGGCGAGCAGUGCACGUGAGCGAUAUGGCGUCGUGGCCGAACGCGGCGGCGGAAGAGCGGGCAGCACAGCUGGCUGAACUCGAGCAGACGGCGACGGCUGAGGGCCCGCUGCUGGCAGCGGUGACGGCCAGCAUGCACAAGAUUGUGCUAGGCGAGGCGGAUCCGCUGGAGGUGACGAUGAAGGGCGACGUGCUGGGACGGUACUACGCUCUUAACCCGCGGAUGGCGCGGCAAUACCAACAGGCGGCCGUGUUUGUGGACCUGUUGGCGCACAAGAACCCGGCGAUGCGAAUUAUGGAGAUCGGCACAGGCACUGGUGGCGCGACGCUGCCGCUGCUGGAGGCGCUGGGACGUCCAGACGGAGCGUCCGGCGGGACGGUGCCGCGGUUCGAGACGUACGACGUGACCGACAUCAGCUCGGGCUUCUUCGAGGCGGUGCGGGCCAAGACGCGGCCGUGGCAGUCGCAGGUGCGCUUCCGGCGGUUGGACAUCGAGCGGCCGCCGACAACGCAGGGUUUCGAGGCCGGAACAUACGACCUGGUGGUGGCGGCCAACGUGCUGCAUGCGACGCACAACAUUAGCCGCACGGUGGCACACGCCCGCAGUCUGCUGCGGCCCGGUGGGCGACUGCUGCUGAUCGAGCUGGUCGUCGUGCCGGAGCAGCGCGUGUGCUCCGUGGCGACGCUCUUUGGCAUCUUUGACGGAUGGUGGAAGGCCGAGGAGGCCCACCGGCAGGAGUCGCCUCUGCUGGCCGAGAGCCAGUGGGACGAGGUCCUGCGGCAGAACGGCUUCUCCGGCCUGGACGCGGCCGUGUGGGAGACGUCCGACGUGGCGACGCAUCAGGGAUCGAUGAUGAUCAGCACGGCUGUGGCGGAGAUGACACUGCCAAAUGAGACGGUUGAGCCGUUGAAAGCUUUCGCAGACAUUAGCAAGCUGAAAGAGGUGGAUGGAUGGACAGAGCUUCAAGCAACACCAACGAUCGAGACUGUACUGGAGGCCUUUCCGGAAUUGGCGGAACACACUGUCAUGGCUUCCGAGCCUGUGGUGGCUGUCACAGCUGAUGUUUCGAAUCACGUACCGCCAGACACCACACUCCCUCCUGUCGUCCUCGUCACGGACAGCGCAAGCCAAACAGCAUGGCUGCAACAGGUCGGCCAGGCACUCAUGCCGUCCUUGUCUUCUCCGGUCAUGCUAGUAGACGAAGCCGAGCUCACGAUCCCAGACGGCCACACGGUCGUGUUCUACCAGACAGAUGCAAGCACGCUAGGCGCGCAGACGGCAGAGAGCAUGGAAUGGAUGCGGCGGCUGUUUGUGCGGCCAGCCGACACGGCAGCAGCAAAUGUGCUGUGGCUAACACGUGGAACGGCGAGCGGCGAGAACGCGCCCGACUUCUCGCUGGUGCAGGGGCUGAUGCGAACAUUGCGGGUAGAGCUGGGCGGCCGGCUAGUUCACCUGGACCUGGAGGUAACAGAGAGCAGCGCAGACAUCGGUACCGUGGCACGGGUGUUUGCCCAGUCGUUUGGGCGGACGGGCCAGGCGGACGAGGACAGCAUUGCGAGCACGAUGGAGGUGGAGCUGGAGCUGGCGGUGCGCGAGGGCAUGGUGCACCUGCCGCGAUACGUGGAGCAGGAGACGACAGGCGAGUACGUGGCAACGCGAAUGGGCCGACGACACCUCGUGGACGCACCGGCCGUGCAACCGGGCCGCAAUCUCAAGCUGGAGGUGGGCCAGCCGGGCCAGCUGGACAGCCUCUUCUUCGACGACGACACACGACUGCUAGCAGCAGGCAACGACAACGACAAUGGCCGGGCAGCCCCGCUGGCCGACGACGAGAUCGAGGUGGCCGUGCAGGCAGCCGGGGUCAACUUCCACGACGUCAUGGUGGCCAUGGGCCAGCUGGCGAACCGCAGCCUGGGGAUCGAGUGCGCGGGCAUCGUGACGCGCAUCGGGGCACGAGUGAGCAGCAGGCUGCAAGUGGGCGACCGGGUAGCAGGGCCAAGCGAUGGGACAUUUGCCACGACGGUGCGACUGGCGGCAUGGCGAGCACAAAAGGUGCCGGACCACGUCAGCACGGCAGCAGCAGCCGGACUGCCGAUUGUGCUGUGCACGGCAGUGCACUCGCUGCGGGUAGCGAGACUUGCAGCUGGCGACACGGUGCUGAUUCACGCAGCUGCCGGUGGGCUUGGCCAGGCGCUCGUACAGCUUUGUCAGCAGCGUGGAGCAACGGUGUUGGCGACAGCCGGCACGCCGACCAAGAAGCGCUUUCUCGUCGAACGAUGCGGCCUGGCAGCCCACCACGUCUUCAGCAGCCGUGACGCGUCGUUUGCCGAGGCAGUGCUACAGGUCACCGGUGGUCGUGGUGUCGACGUGGUGUUCAACGUGCUUGCCGGUGAGCUGCUGCACGCGUCUUGGCGCUGUGUCGCGCCCUUUGGCCACUUUAUUGAGCUCGGCAAGCGCGAUCUGCAGCGCCACGGCCGCCUCGACAUGGCCCCCUUUCUGCGCAACGUCACCUUUGCCGCCGUCGACCUGAUCACCCUGCUGGCUGAUCGACCAGACUAUGGCGCCCGUCUGUGGGCUGAGAGCAUGGAUCUUGUCCGCCAGGGCGUCGCUCGUGUGCCCGAACCCCUGGCCACCUAUGCCCUGGCUGAUGCCAUCUCCGCCCUACGCACUAUGCAGGCUGGCCGUCACAUCGGCAAGCUCGUCCUGGUCGCAGACUCGUCUGUGACCCCGUCUGUGACCACGACAACAAACCCCAACAUCCUCGCUCGCGUCAUGUCACCCCGCGUCCCCCGCGUCCAGCUCCCUGCCGACGCCUCCUACCUCCUCGUUGGUGGCCUUGGUGGCAUCGGCCGUGCCCUCGCUGCUCGCAUGGUCCACGAGCUCGGCGCCCGUCACCUCAUCUUCCUCUCCCGCGGCGGCAUCACCAGCGAUGUCGCUGCCUCUACCGUCGCCCGUCUGCGCGCCGCCGGUGCUCACGUUCUCGCCUGCAACUGCGACGUCGCCUCCGACCACCAGCUCGCCGCCGCCCUACAGGCCGCUUCCGAAGCCGGCUUUCCCCCCAUUCGCGGCGCCGUUCAUCUCGGCCUCGUCCUCGAGAGCGCCCUCUUUCAGGACAUGUCCUCUGCCGCCUGGAACAACUCGCUCGCGCCCAAGGUCGCCGGCACCUGGAACCUGCACCGCCAGCUGCCCGCCAACCUCGACUUCUUCGUCCUGCUCUCCUCCAUGGUCGGCAUCAUCGGCAACCCCAGCCAGACCGCCUACGGCGCCGCCUCCGCCUUCCAGGACGCCUUUGCGCGCUACCGCCGCCGCCGCUGCCAAGCUGCCACCACUAUCAACCUCGGCAUGAUCACCGGCAUUGGCUACGUCGCCGAGCACUCCGACGUCCAAAAGACCCUGCGUACACACGGCUUCGACGAGAUUGACGGCCCUGAGUGUCUAGCCAUCAUCGAAGCCGCCUUUUCCGCCCCACCCGACGCCACAAACGCCACAAACGCCACGCUUUCACACCCCAAAUCAGCUACAGCCUCAGCCACAGCCACGUCCAUGCCCCUGCUCGAUGCCAACAUUCUCACCGGUCUCGGCCUCGGUCGCUACACCGGCGGCGACAUCCACCGGCCUUCCUACCUCGAGCCGCGCUUCGCCCAGGCCCGCCAUCUCGCUCAGUCUGCCACUGACGCCGACGCCAACAAAGGCCAGGGCACCGCUGAUGCUGCCGACACCGCCACCCAGUCCAUCCGCGCCCGCCUGCGCGCUGCCGACGCCCUGUCCGACAUCCUUGCCCUGCUCGAGGCCGCUCUGCGCGCCAAGAUCGUCUCCCUGCUCAUGCUGCCGUCCGAGGAUGACCUCGACGUCCAGAAGCCGCUCAGCCAGUACGGCCUCGACUCGCUCAUCGCUGUCGAGCUGCGCAACUGGGUCGCCAGCGAGAUGGAGGCCACCGUCCCCGUCCUCGAAUUUCUUGGCUCCCGCACCGUCCAGUCCCUCGCCGGCUUCAUCGCCCGCCAAUCCCGCCUCGUCAAGAAGGAGCUGCUGGCCACCGAGCAUUGA